AACUUCCCCCAUCCCUGACCCCUACACCCACCUCCUCCCCAAACUUCCCUCAUCCCUGACCCCUACACCCACCUCCCCCCCAAACCUUCCCCAUCCCUGACCCCUACACCCACCUCCUCCUCCAUCCCUCUGACCUCCAACCCACUGGACCACAACGCUACAGCAACAACCACCUCCUCUUCCAUAGUCGUCCAGGAUCGAGGCCCGGGUCUGGGGUUAGGCCAGGAUCUCAGCCAGGACACCAUGGAUAACCCUCUGGAUAAGGACCUGUCCCUCUCCUCCAUCCUGGCCCUGCUGUGUGGGGGGAACCCUCUCCAAGGCCUGGGUAGAGAGCUAGCUUCCAGCCCACCCUGUGCCCUGGAGCCUGGGGUUACGACCCUGGGAGGAGAGGGAAGGAUGAAGGGAGGAAGGAGAGAAGGAGGAGAAGGAGGAGGAGGAGGAGGAGGAAGAGAGGGAGACUCUUCUCCGUUGGGUUUACUCCCAGAUGUCCCUCCUCUCUCCCAGCAUUCUUUGCAGCUCAGCGCCUUGGCCCAGAGAGUAGCCAAGACCUCCUCCUCCUCCUUUUCUUUCACCCUCUCCUCCUCCUCCUCUCCUGCUGCUGUCUCCUCUAAUCAGCAGGUGUCUGGGUGUUCCUCCAGGGACUUCCAUGGGAGGCCGGCAGGGCUGGAUGUGUGGCCCAGCCUCGGGUGCUCCUGGGCGGGUAAAGAGGGCCGCCUCUCCCCUGAUUCUGCCAUCCAGAGGCUGAGAGCAGCAGCAGCCAAUGCUGUGCUACACAACAGGCCCACGGCACCCUCCUCCUCUUCCUCUCUCUCUUCCUCCUUUAUACCCUCCUCCUCGUCCUCUCUCUCUUCCUCCUUUAUCCCCUCCUCCUCUUCCUCUUUUAUCCCCUCUUCGACUCCCUCCCUUUCUUCCUCCUUUAUCCCCUCCUCUCCCUCCCUCUCUUCCUCCUUUAUCCCCUCCUCCUCCUCUCCCUCCCUCUCUUCCUCCUUUGUCCACUCCUCCUCUCCCUCUCUCUCCUCCUCUAUAGCUACAGGAGGUGCAGGGUUGCAGGAGGGCUUGUGUCUGACCCUGGACUCCUUUCCCAGCCCCCUCUCCGCUCCCUCUUCCUCCGCUAGCUCCACCCUCACUGCCCUGUCCCAGAAGGUCAACCUGCGAGGUCAGGGUUCUAAGGUCACCGGGUCAGAGGUGACAGGCUCAGGCCAGCAGCGCUCUACCUCCCCCUACUCCUUCCUCUCCCCCGAUCCUCAGUCUCAAUUCACAGAACAGAGCUCCUCCAGGGUAGUGGAGAACCAGAGGAGGCCAGAGCCUAGCCCCAUGGAGGAGAACCAAACCCGGGCAGAGAACCAGGGCUCAGCCCCUCCUCAGCCCCAGGUGGAGAUGCCCAGCCUGCAUCCAUUACUGAUCACCAACCCCCUGGGAGAGAUCAACCCUGGAGGACCAGCAGGUGUAUUCCAGUGUUCCGUGUGCGGACUGCGGAUGAAGAGGAAGAGCUAUUGGAGGAGACACAUGUCGGUUCACACAGGGUUAAAGAGUCAACAGUGUCAGCUCUGUCCCUUCCGCUGCGCACGCAAGGACAACCUGACCGCGCACAUGAAGGUUCACAGGCAGCAGGAGAAAGGGGAAGAGUUUCAGUGUGACCUUUGCCCUUUCACCUCACUCCGCCUCUUCAGCCUGAAGCUGCACAUGAGACGCCACCAGAGAACUAACCCCGGAGACACACACACUCUCACACAGGAAACACACACGGAGAGAGACCGCGAGGGGAGAGAGACAGAGGAGGAGAGGGAGAAGGAGGGAGAGAUGAAGAACGAGGAAGAUAGAGAGGGAAAGAGCCAUUCCCCUGAGCAGGCCGUGUUGAAGCCUGGGUGUAGAGUACAGCUCUCCCCCAGACCCCUCGACACUGCUCUCUGCUACUCCUCCAGUCAAACUCCUCUGUACCCUGCCACUGUAAAGCAAGAAGCCCUGGAGGUAGAGAGGGAGGGAGAGGGGCAGGGAGAGAGGGAGGGAGAGGGGCAGGGCGAGAGAGAGGCAGAGAGGCAGGGUGAGAGAGCGGGAGAAAGGGAGGGAGAGAGAGAAAAAGGGAGAGAUAAAGAAGUCCGUGUGAAAGAGGAGCCUCAAGAGAGGGAGUUCUCAACCCCUCUCCUCUCUCACCAUUUAACCCCCCUCCACCCCACUCUCACCCUCAAGAGGAACAGGCGCAAGGCUAAUACCCCCCUAAGUCCCCCUCUCCACCCCAACGCAGAACACACACACCAAACACACACACACCCAGCCCCCACACACACACACACACCCCUCACACACACACACACACCCCACACACACAUUAUGAUUCCCAUGGCGACCUCUCUCUUCAGCCCUGACAUCAACACUAAGACCGCCUCCGACCUGCUCAUCAAACUCUCAGCAGCCACCCAGCAGGCCGGGGUAGAGCCGGGGGCUGUGGUGAAGCAGGAGCCCCAGGAGGAGGACCUGAGCCCUGGGCAGCAGCAGCAGGCAGGUGAGCCUGGUCUGGCUCUCUCUCCAGACGGGCCUGGGGCUAGUCCUGAGCCCCCCACCUCCCACCUCACCCGGCCAGAGGAGGAGAGAGAGAGAGGCCUGCUGGAGCAAGACAUCAGUGUCACUUUGGCUUCUGAACUGCUCAGGAGACUGUCUGAGAAGCAGGAAGUGGUGGUCCAGGGUUUAAAGGUGAAAGAGGAGGAGGAGCCUAUGGAGAUUGACCCCCUGACCCCCAGCGUGACACCUGACCCUAUCCUGCCCCCAGGGGAGCGAGCAGAGUCCGGGAGGGGUGAGAAGACACCCCCUCCACCUCUCCUCCCUAAAGAAGACCAGGAUCUGUUCCAGAGAGAUCUCUUCUCCCAGGACAUCUCAGUCAAAAUGGCCUCUGCUCUCCUUUACCAACUGUCAGAAAAAGUCUGCAAAGCCAAUGAGCUGAAAGAAAACGGAUCCUUCUCUAGUCCUGUGGCGGAGAAGCCCUUUACACACACGCCCUCCACCCGCCCGAACCAGUGGGACCUUACUCAACCCUCCCCAGACAAACCACAGCACGUAGUCAGUAGGUAUAGGUGUCCAGUGUGUUCGCACCAAGCCCAGUGUCAGAGGAGUCUCAACCAUCACCUGGCUUCACACACUUCUAAGACACACACCACCGGCUUCAACUACUACUACAGGUGUCAUGUGUGCGGGUUCGAGCUGGAGGGGUGGAGCCUGUUCCUUGGUCACAUGACGGAGCACAGCGAAUGGGAGCGCGAUGCGUUCACCCUCCGCUGCAGUGUGUGUGAUCACUCCACCAGUGAGGAGCGGGCCAUGAGGGCUCACGCCAGCUCUCACACACUUGGAGAGGCAGCGAGCCAAGACUACCUACAGACACACCUGUUGGGAGGCCACACCCCCAAAGACUUACCUGAUGGAAGAGACAGCCCACAAUCUGGAGAGCUCAGGUGCCCUCUCUGUUCGUUCUCCACCAGUCGGCCUGUCUCCAUGGUAACACACAUGCGCUCGUCGCACUCAACGACGGAUCAGCACCGUUGCCGCAUCUGCCAAAGGUCGUUUUCACGGCAACCGGAGCUCCAGGCCCACGUCAGGUGUCAUCGUCAGGGCAACCAGUACCGCUGCGAGAGGUGUGGCCACCUGGCCCGAACAGCCAAUAAGCUGAUAGAACACGUGCGUGUGCACACGGGGGAGCGACCUUUCACCUGCGACCUCUGCCCUUACAGCGCCAAACGCCGAGACAGCCUCCGUCUGCACUGCCGACUCAAACACCCCGAACACACACCCUCACACGGACACACACACACACCCUCACACGGACACACACACACACCCUCACACGGACACACACACACACCCUCACACGGACACACACACACACCCUCACACGGACACACACACACACCCUCACACGGACACACACACACACCCUCACACGGACACACACACACACCCUCCUGGUUUAGGGGGUCAGACCUUUUUCUCGUCCCCCUCACCACCCUGCUCUCCCUCAGACCCCUCUCUAGCCCCAGACCCUCCUCUCCCUCCCGCUCUUCCUCUCCUUCACCCAAACUCUCUUUCCUAGCCUACCUAGGUCUGACAGAGCCAACCUAAUCAACCUGCCUCCUCCUCUACCCCCCUUUCUCCUCUUCAUCUCUACCUCUCUUCUCCUCCCUCCUCUACCUCCCUUCUCCUCUUCAUCUCUACCUCUCUUCUUCUCCCUCCUCUACCUCUCUUCUCCUCCCUCCUCUACCCCCUUUUCUCCUCUUCAUCUCUACCUCUCUUCUCCUCCCUCCUCUACCUCUCUUCUCCUCUUCAUCUCUACCUCUCUUCUCCCUCCUCUACCUCUCUUCUCCUCCAUCUCUACCUCUCUUCUCCUCCCUCCUCUACCCCUUUUCCCCUCUUCAUCUCUACCUCUCUUCUCCUCUUCAUCUCUACCUCUCUUCUCCUCCUCCUCUCCCAACAGUCACACAGGGCUCAUGUAAUAUGUCCUCAGGACGAUAAAGACUGAACUAAAUGCAGGAUGUCAAAGCUAAAACAACAAGGUCUAAUAUUGUGUGUAUAUAUAUAUAUAUACACUGAACAUAGUCAAUAAGGCUGUGCACCCCUGCACUAGAGUUAUAUAUUACAACUUCCUCUAUGCUUCGCAAACAUUAUUGUGAUUUUUAUAAGGCAUCCCCAAAUGGCACCCUUUAUAGUGCACUACUUUUAGCCAAGGCUCAUAGGGCGCUGGUCCAAAGUAGUGCACUACAUAGGGAAUAGGGCGCCAUUUUGGGACGUAUCCUUUUAUUACAUGUAUAAAUGUCUGCCUUGUCCGUUGCUAUAUCAAAACUCUACUGGCUCUUGAUUGGCUUAUAGCUUAUGUUGUUUUUAUGUAUAAUGACACCGUAGACUAGAAUAUGCUAUAAUAUAUAUAUGAAUAUACUUCUUCAUUCUUCUUUUGGCAUCCGGUCAGAAUGUUUGGUUUGUCUAAAUGUUUUUUUAUACAGUAUUUCAUUAUCCUUCUAUUAAACAGGGUCUGCUGUUUGGAAUAAGGCUACAGUUUGUCAGCCAGCUCUCAAUGUCUACAAAUAAUGUAUCAUUAAAAUUAAAAUUAAA